CAGCACAAGGCACCCUGCUCCCCAGCAGCUGCGCUCUGAUGCACCCCAGUGGUCCCUGCCCCCUGAGGAGCAGACCAGCUAAGCCAACAGAUCCUGUCAUAGGUCCAAAACCACACUAAAAUCUGGACUUGUCAUGCCUCUUUUAUGGAAAGCCAACUUUUUGCACAAGUCGGAUCAGGAGAUCUAGGCAAACAGGGGCACAGAACAUGGGAGUAAGAGCUGAUCAGUUGUUAUUGCUUUUUGUUGUGUUUUUUCUAACCUCCCAAACCCCAUUGCCACACACCUGUGCAUGUGGUGACUAGAAAAUGAUUUACUAAACUUGUCUGAGAUGAGAGCUAGCCAUCUCCUGACAGCCAGAUGCGGCGGUACGGUUGGUGCCAUCUUUACUUGUCCCUUGGAAGUAAUAAAGACCAGGCUCCAGUCUUCAAAGCUUGCCUUCCAGGCUGUCUACUACCCUCAAGUCCAGUUGGGGACCAUCAGCGGAGAUGGAGUGGUCAGGCCAACAUCCGUAUCGCCUGGGCUUUUCCGGGUUCUCAAGUCAAUUCUGGAAAAAGAAGGACCAAGGUCGCUUUUCCGAGGAUUGGGUCCAAACUUGGUUGGGGUUGCACCAUCAAGGGCUGUCUACUUUGCGUGCUACUCCAAAGCCAAGGAGCGAUUCAAUAGCAUUUUUGUGCCCAACAGCAACAUUGUGCACAUUUGCUCAGCAGGCUCUGCAGCUUUUGUCACCAAUACCAUGAUGAACCCUAUAUGGAUGGUGAAGACCAGAAUGCAGCUGGAACGGAAAGUCAGGGGUUCCAAGCCCAUGAAUGCUCUGCAGUGUGCUAGAUACGUUUACCAGACAGAAGGCAUCCGUGGCUUUUACAGAGGCCUCACUGCCUCCUAUGCUGGUAUUUCUGAAACCAUUAUCUGCUUUGCUAUUUAUGAAAGCUUAAAGAAGCGCCUGAAGAAUGCCCAGCUGCCUCCUUCUGCUAAUGGGACUGAGAGGAGCUCCACAAACUUUUUUGGACUGAUGUUUGCUGCUGCAGUUUCUAAGGGCAGUGCCUCAUGUAUUGCUUAUCCACAUGAGGUCAUACGGACACGGCUGCGAGAGGAAGGCACAAAAUACAAGACUUUCUUUCAGACGGCCCGUCUGGUAGCACGUGAGGAAGGCUACCUUGCCUUCUACAGAGGACUUUUUGCCCAGCUCAUCAGGCAGAUACCAAACACAGCCAUUGUGUUGUCCACCUAUGAGUUAAUUGUGUACCUGUUAGAAGACCGGGAUGAGUAGCAGGCCAAGAACCAUCGUCUAGAAAGUAUACACUGACAGACUGUGAAGAGCAAUUUUUCAUUGAAUGAACAGCUAUUUAAGAGACUGAUGCUGGUGAUGGAGAAAAGAAACGAGUUCUUGUUCAUCUGCUGGACAUUUUCCUUUUGGAUUCAUGCUUUCUGGAAGGUUUUGACUCAUUAACGUUAAUAGUUAAUUAUAACUUUUUUUUAACUUAAAACAUGAUUCAGAAUUUAAACAGCUACUAAAUUAAAUCUCACUAUUUAAUUUAAUUAUAUGUUUGUCCUUGUCUUUAAGUACAGCCAUGUGUGAAUAAGGAAUGUACCUAUACUAUCAAGAUGUCUGUUGGACUUAUGUUAAUUAAAACUGUAUUAAAGCAGAAGAACUAAUUUGGACUCUGAAA